GUGUGGUUACAAACGGAACUGUUACACGCGUGAAUGGCACAUAUUUUCAGGGCAUGCGAGUUAAUGAAAGUGAUUUGAGAAGCAGAGGAAGCUCCGGUGCGCCUAGACUGUUUUCCUUGCGCCCACCUCGUUAGGGUUUUUUUUUUUUUUUUUUUUUUUUAAUACUCUGGAUGCCAGCCGGUGUCACAACAUCAGAGCUCGCUGCGCGCGCACUGAAAGUUCACCUCCAAGUCUGUGUAUAUGUGUGUGUGUGUCUGUGUGCGUGUGUGUGUAAAUUCACGCUCCUGUGUGUGCUCAGCAGCAGCCAGCAGUCUCUCUAAUAGAGUGACCCCCCAGCACGCUGGUUAAAGGGAAGACAAGAGAGCUGAGUCAACGAAUCACAAGGAGAAGGAUGCAACAGUUGAUGUGCGCAAGUUGCACAGUUUUCUUGUGUUUGGAGACGGCCUGCACACACGGAGGAUGGUGGCUUUGAUCCGCGUGGAGGAAGGAUCGGAUGUUUUGUCGCUUUAAAAACCCCUUUCAUCUGUCAGAUUAACCGAAAAUUAACACAGAGAGACACCCCCCCCCCUCUCUCUCUCUGUCUGAAAGCAGCGGGUGUUUAGUUACGGGUUGUCCACUCGCGCGUCUUUCCUACCAAAAUGGACAUUUGGACAGAAAUGCAUUUGGAGGGAUUUCAUGCUCUGCUGGAAUGGAGUUGAAGUGCGGAUUUCGGAUGGUCUGCGGCGGUGAGUAGCAGUGCAGUCUGCAGCAACAUGCAUCGGAUUCUGCAGAGGAGGCGAGUGCGCAAGCUGCGGGUCGUCUGGGCUUCUCUGGCCCUGGUGGCUCUGUCUCUGGCCGCAUGCAGCGCGCUGUUUACGGCGUGGACAUGGCGGCAGACGCGGGACCUGUCUCAGUCCUUUAAGAUCUUGCAGGACCGACUGGAGCAGGUCAAUACACAGAGGAAGGCCAUUGUUCAGCUCAUUCUGGAGAAGAGAGAGCUGCUGGUGGGGCAGAGAGUGAAGAGAGAUGGGGGGGCGUUUCGAGGGAGGAAUGGAAAUGGAAAGAAAGCGGCGUCUCAUUUUGAGAUAACCAAAGUCUCCUCUCAGCAAGUGGGAGAUGGUGGUGUGAUAAAGGGCUGGGAAGAGAGGACAUUGAAUAUGAGUAAAGCGGUGAGAUAUAACAAGGAGCAAGGCACCUUCACGGUGGAGAAAGCGGGCGUCUACUUCCUGUUCUGCCAGGUGUUGUUCAAUGAGCAGCAGACUCCGUAUGUGAAGCUGGAUGUGGUGACCAAUGGCCAGAGGCCUCAGAAGCUGCAGUGCAUAGAGGGCUACGCGACAACACCCUCUGCCGGACCGCACUCUUUCCACUUCGUGAAGUCCUGCCAGGUGUCCGGCCUUCUGCGACUGGACAGAGGCACGGAGCUGCAGGCCAUCACAGGCUCGUCCUUCAGACUCCACACUGUGGGCAGUCCCUCCGCCUCGCCCCACGUCUUUAGCAUCUUUAAAGUCAACUGAAGCUCAGCGCUCAUCUAAUCCUUGUCGGAGACUUUUUUUUUAAAAGGACAUAAACUCAUCUGACUACAACAGAACUUGUUUUUGUAUGGAUGAGACUUUUUUUUUUCUACAUGCUAAAACAGUCAUAAGCAGUUGAGAGCAUCACAUCCUGCUACAGCCUCUUUCCAAAGACGUUAAUUUGAAAGAGAGACCUGUCAUUUGCGGAAGUUGUUGUGGAAAUUUUCUCCGGACAGUGGUGCUGUUUUGGAACGCACACAUAGACUUUGGAUUACAACCAAGACCCAAAGAGGACAAAAGGCCUCAGUGAAUAUCUGCCGGGAGAACAGAUGUGAUGGAAGCUGUUCUGUAGAUAAAGGGCUUCAUAAAAAAAAAAAAGAAAAAUACUUGGACCUUCAUCUUUAGCCUUCGUAUCAUGUCAUAAAUUGUGCUUACACUGUCUUUAUAAGACUGACAGUAAAGCUGUGCAUGCACCUUUCACUUUUAUAUCACCGGUUGCCUCAAGAAGCUGAGUGCACAUCUGCGAGCGCCAGAUCUCGACACUAUAAAAGCCUACAUGAGUUGUCAUUGAUAUUUUAUACAAUACAGCGUCCGAGUGUGUGUGAAAUCUAAUGAAUCAAACAAUUCUUGUUUAUACUGAUUUUUAUGCUCUUUACAAUUCAGCGUGCUGUUUGAGUGUGAAAUUGCUGAAAGCCCUUUUAGAUACUUUGUAUAUACUUCACACUCAUUUUACAUAUGUGCAUAUCAAGUUAGGAGCUGGCAAAGAAAGUGGAACAUUUUGAAUAACAUGGAUGUGAAUUUGUGCUUUUUUCUAAGGUGAAAUUUGAUUGUAAGGUAUUUUUAUGUAUAGUAUACUUGGCUUUACUUUUGAAAAGUAUGUGCAAGUUAUAGAAACGUACAGCUCUUAAUAUAGCUUUGUCUUUCUUUUCUGACUUUAUUUGUUUGAUGACACCACAACAUCACUUUCAUGCCUAUACGUAAAUCAUUUGAUAAUUGUUCGUUAUCGUACCAUUAAUAUAAUUGAGAGGCAAUUAUGAAAUAGUUUUGGGGAGGUCCUAACAUAUUCAAGGUUAUUGGAUUUUGUAUUAAAAAAAGGAGCAUUGUUAGGAUUCUUUUUUUAUUCUGCCUAAUAUCGUUCUUUAAAAUCAAGGUGUAGCAAAACAAGAAGAAAGUAGUGUAUUUAUGGAAAUUUACAUACAAUGGUAAAGUGAAAUAUUUCUGCAUUGGAUAACAUUUGUGAUCCCUUGACUUUAGCGCCAAAAUCUGGUAAAAUUUUUUACUUGUCCAAUUCUGUAGUUUAUGUUGCAUCAGUCUCAGCUGCACUUUGUGUUCGGUGCUAGCGAAGGUUAGAACGCUAAAAUGCUAAGCUAAGGUAGACAUCGUAACCGUUAUACAUGAUAAACAUCACCAUGUUAGCAUUGUCACUGUGAGCAUGUUCAUAAGCUCACAUUUAGCAUUUAGCAUCACUGUGCAGUACAGCCUCGGAGAGCUGCUAGCUUGGCUGUAGACUUUAAACUUGUUCAGUUAUUGAAUGUCACACAGCUAGCAGACCAAUUACGUAAAACAUUAUUGCCUUUAUCACAGUGCUACUUUACACAUAAAGCAUGUAUCCUCACGGAGCUCAAAUCUCAGUUGCUAAUAACCAAAUGUUGGCAUGCUUAGCCUAAAUUUUAAACUAAGGUGUUAACCCUGUAAUUGUGAGCAUAUAGUAGCAUGCUAACAUGAGCAUUUAGCACAGCUCAGAGAGCAGUUAGCAUUUUAUGUCUUUUUGGAAAUUAAACUCCUUCCAUUCUUUCAGAUGGUGCUGCUGCUGCUUUCUGUAAUAUUUCCUGCUACAAUACAAACAGCGUGUAUUUCUAGCAGUGGGUUUCAGCACUCCCACUCUUGUUUAUAAGUAGUUUUUGUGGACGGACCGCAUUGGUUUCUCCUCAGCACUUUACUGCAGCGAACAUAGUCUUUUUUAAUUGGAGCCAAACAUUCAUGUUUUCAAAUGGAAAAAGUGUAGACAUUAGACACAUAUCCUGUCUGAUUUCCUCAUCGUUUUCCUCUUCCCUUAUGUGUCUCACUCAUCUCCCCCCGCCUCCCCACCACCCCUACA